AACUUUUCUAAAAUACGACAGUUUUGUGAGGUUUUGAUAAGAUUAACAUCGGCAUAAGCGGCCUAUAAACUAUAUUUUUAAGCAGCAUACGCAUAUGCAGUAAAAUCUGAACAGUUUUUCGAGAAGCCCAACAGAUAUUCAAUAUUUUCUUAUUAAACUUUUUGCUAGAUGUUUGUUUCGGGUUGCGAGAGAGCAUUUAAGUUCUGCAUCGCAUAAGCGGCACGUUUCAGUAGACGCACAUAUUUCGCUUGGAAUAGCACAAGAUUAAUUCCAGCUGAAAUGGUUGCUUAGUGCAUUUGAAAAGGUGUUGUCAGUUACGAGAGCUCUGCACUGUGGGUGAAAAGAACUAUUGCAUUUAAAUUGCCAGCAAAAUGAUGUGGGAAUGUAAAGAACUUCACCCAAAUUUAUCAUAAUAUUUUUAAUUGGUGGCUAACAAAUUGCAGACAAUCUCUUAACAGAUCUUAAACAUACCCAAUUGGGAUUUCGACGCACCAUUUGCUGCCUGCAAAUGUGUUUUAAAAUUGUGAACCGAACUUUGGUACCGUUUGUCAUUUAAAGCGCAGCCAACUUCACUGCAAGCUGUCAAUCGAUAUCUGCAAAUUGCAGUUCUCCCCAUUCCGUGAUUUCAUUUAAAUAGAAAACAAAUGGAUACACUGGACAAUGAGAUAGACUCCAUAGUAGAGGACUGCUGUCAGACGACCGAUGAUUUUGCGGAUCUGUACUAUAAUUUUAUUGACAGUCGACGCGAUAAAAUGGGUAAUUUCUAUUUAGAUAGCGCUAAAUUGACCUGGAAUCACAACGAAAUACUGGGCCGUCAGGCCAUCCAAAAGGUAUUCUUGGACUUGCCACCGUCGCGUCAUGAACUGCAAACGCUCGACUCUCAGCCGUUCCUCUACUCCUUGGGGGGUCAGCCCACGUAUAUCAUAAUGACCAGUGGAACUGUACUGUACGUUGGGCAGCCGUUGCGCGCCUUUAAUCAGUCCUUUGUUAUAGCCCAGGAGAACAACAAAUGGAGUAUCACCUCGGAUUGUUAUCGCCUGUUAUAGGUUCUUUGAUUAUCAGUUGAUGUACAACAAAAAUAUAUGGUCAAUAAAUUGAUGUUUUUAAAGCUAUUGUCAGCAGGGAGGCAUAGCAACA